UCGCCUGCCUGCGAUUCCUGAAGCUAUUGGGCUGAAGAAGCUGAUUUGCCUACUUCUUUCUCUCUAGGGUUUCAGAAACGCCGCUCGUGUUUCCUCAUCACUUUCCAUUCAUUAUUCUUCUGUCUGCGUCCAGCGUCCAACGGCCAAUUCCAUCGAUUAUCUGUUCAAAUGGCAAUGGAAGUCACUCAGAUACUUCUGAAUGCACAGUCAAUUGAUGGGUCUGUGCGGAAGCAUGCAGAGGAUAACCUGCGCCAGUUUCAAGAGCAAAACCUUCCAACUUUUUUGCUUUCUAUCUCCGGAGAAUUGGCAAAUGAUGAAAAGCCCGUCGAGAGUCGUAAACUAGCAGGUUUAAUCUUGAAGAAUGCUUUGGAUGCCAAAGAGCAGCAUAGAAAGUUUGAAUUAGUACAGAGAUGGUUGUCACUCGAUGCUUCGGUAAAGGCACAAAUUAAGUCAUCCUUAUUAAAGACUUUAUCCUCUCCUGCCUACGAGGCUCGCUCAACAGCCUCGCAAGUCAUUGCAAAAGUAUCUGGAAUAGAGCUUCCUCACAAACAAUGGCCAGAACUGAUAGGAUCUCUCUUGUCAAACAUUAACCAACAGUCAGUCCAUGCCAAGCAGGCAACCCUCGAGACUCUUGGAUACUUGUGCGAGGAAAUUUCUCCUCAAGUUAUAGACCAAGACCAGGUGAAUAAAAUCCUUACUGCCGUCGUUCAAGGAAUGAACACCUCAGAGGCUAGCACUGAUGUGAGACUUGCUGCUACAAGGGCUCUAUAUAAUGCCCUAGGAUUUGCUCAAGCCAACUUUUCCAAUGACAUGGAACGUGAUUAUAUCAUGAGAGUUGUUUGUGAGGCGACUAUUUCUCCUGAAUUGAAGUUACGUCAGGCAGCUUUCGAGUGUUUAGUUGCCAUAGCAUCAUCUUAUUAUGACAAAUUAGCUCCUUACAUACAUGAUAUAUUCAAUAUUACUGCAAAGGCAGUGAAGGACGAUGAGGAGCCCGUUGCUUUACAGGCCAUGGAGUUCUGGAGCUCUAUAUGCGACGAAGAGAUAGAUAUCUUGGAUGAAUAUGGUGGUGAAUUCAGUGGUGAUUCUGAGAUUCCUUGUUUUUACUUCACUAAGAAGGCACUACCAGCUCUAGUUCCUAUGCUUCUGGAGACUUUGCUGAAGCAGGAAGAGGAUCAAGAUCAGGAUGAAGGAGCUUGGAAUAUUGCGAUGGCGGGGGGAACGUGCUUGGGUCUUGUUGCAAGGACUGUCGGUGAUGACAUCGUUCCUCUUGUCAUGCCUUUCAUUCAAGAGAAUAUAACGAAACCCGAUUGGAGACAGAGAGAAGCUGCAACGUAUGCAUUUGGUUCCAUUUUCGAAGGUCCUGCACCUGACAAACUCGUUCCACUUGUUGACAAGGCUUUGCCCUUCAUGCUCAAUGCACUGAUGACCGAUCCAAACAGCCAUGUGAAAGACACAACCGCCUGGACCUUAGGAAGGAUGUUUGAGUUCCUACAUGGUUCAGCUAUAGAGACAUCGAUAAUCACUCCUGCAAAUGUCCAACAGAUAAUCAAUGUUCUACUCCACAGCAUGAAAGAUGUCCCAAAUGUCGCUGAAAAGGCUUGCGGCGCUCUCUAUUUUCUCGCACAAGGUUACGAGGAUGUCGAAUCAACAUCCCCGUUAUCCUCUUACUUGCAGGAAAUCGUUCAAUCUCUUUUAGCUGCGACUCAUAGAGAGGAUUCUGGAGAAUCACGUCUUCGAACUGCUGCAUAUGAAACCUUGAAUGAAGUUGUUAGGUCAUCCACGGAGGAAAGUGGGCCCAUGGUAAUGCAACUAGUUCCUCUGAUUAUGUUGGAGCUCCACCAGACGGUUGAAGCCCAACAGCUCUCUUCUGACGAGAGGGAGAAGCAAAACGAGCUGCAAGGACUUCUCUGUGGAUGUUUGCAGGUCAUUAUACAGAAGUUAGGCUCGUCCGAAACUACAAAGUAUGUUUUUCUGCAAUAUGCUGACCAGAUGAUGAAUCUCUUCUUGAGAGUGUUUGCUUCUAAGAGUGCCACGGCACAUGAGGAGGCUAUGCUCGCGAUUGGGGCUCUCGCUUACGCUAUGGGUCAGGAUUUUACGAAAUACAUGACAGAAUUCUAUAAAUAUUUGGAAACGGGUCUUCAGAAUUUUGAAGAUUAUCAGGUGUGUGCAAUCACAGUUGGUGUUGUGGGUGAUGUAUGCAGAGCGAUUGAGGAUAAGAUAUUGCCUUAUUGCGAUGGAAUAAUGACUCAACUAUUAAAGGACCUAUCGAGCAAUCAGUUGCACCGUUCUGUGAAGCCUCCUAUAUUCUCCUGCUUUGGCGAUAUUGCUCUGGCUAUCGGAGAGAACUUUGAGAAGUACUUGAUGUAUGCAAUGCCCAUGCUUCAGGGAGCUGCUGAACUAUCCUUUCACACAUCAGAUGCUGACGAGGAUAUCGAAUACACUAAUCUUCUGAGAAAUGGGAUAUUGGAAGCCUACUCUGGCAUCUUUCAGGGAUUUAAGGGAUCACCUAAAACUCAGUUACUGAUGCCUUAUGCACCACAUGUUCUACAGUUCUUGGACAGUUUGUAUACAGAGAAAGACAUGGAUGACGUGGUGAGUAAGACUGCAAUUGGAGUUUUGGGAGAUCUAGCGGACACACUUGGGCCCAACGCCGGGCCUUUGAUUCAGCAUUCUGUAUCAAGCAAAGAGUUCUUGAAGGAAUGUUUGACAUCGGAGGAUCAUUUGGUGAAGGAAUCUGCGGAAUGGGCUAAGUUGGCUAUAAGUAGAUCGGUUGCCUUUUGAGAUUUGAGUGAGUCUGUAUAUUCCGGUCCUUGCAUGCAUGCAUUUUGGUCUUUUUGUUUUCAUACCAUGAGUCUGGUCAUCGCCAAUUUUGGAGGCAAUUUCCAAGUUUAGCAUAUGUUCCCUUGUUGGUGUGUCAUCACUAACAACAGGGUACAUACAACAGUACAAGCAUGCAUUCGGUUGAAGGGGAAGGAGGUGGAGGCGGCGGUUUGGUUCUAUAGCCAAUCAAUUGAGCUGAGCCGAGCAUGGUCAAGAGUCUAUGUUUUGUUUUAAUAUAUGCCCAUAACGACCAUGUGGACAGCAAUGUCAGUUGCCUCUCCUCCAUAUCUCGAUUGGUCGGUCUCGUUUAUACAUGUUUAUUUUUUGUGGCCUUUUGCAACUUGCAAGUAAGCAUUGUGGAAAUUGUUGCAUAUUUUUAGUUUUUAGUUUUCAUUUAAAUCAUAUUUUGUCUGGAUUUUUGCAUCAUUCAUGUACACUCUUCCAGCAUUGUAUUGCAGCAAACAUGCUUGUGAACUGAGUUCUUUGUUCAUUCACAUGGAUAUGGUCA